CCAGCCCUUGAUCGUGUGAACCCGAGGAAGCUCCAGGGAAGCCCCCUCCCUUCCCUCUUCCUCCUCAGGGUGCGAAUCUUGCAAGCGCUUUGCCUCGGAUGCCACCAGGAUCCGCGCUUCUCCUGCCCUGCCUUCCCAACAGCGGGGGGCGUCACUCCCCCUCCCUUCCUUCCUUCGCCUUCGCCUUGCAGUUUCCUCUCCCGCCAGCAGCGAGCAGCAUCCGAGCCGGAGCGCGAGGAGAAGAAGGAGAAGAAGCGCGCGCGCAUUCGAAGGAAGGAGAGAGCGCGAGAGAGAGCGGGCGCGCGCGCUUGCACACAGAAGAGGCGCGCGCUUGCACACACGCACACACACGCCCCUCCAUAUCCAGCCGAGGGGAGGGCUCCGGAGGCUUGGCUUGGCAUGUUCCUGGGUGGUGGACGGGGACCAGUCAGUUAGCGAGCCCCUGCCUUGCCUGCCUGCCUGCCUCCGCCUCAUGCCGCUCUCCCCUGCUGCCGCCUGGGGCUCCAACCUGUUCGUGGAGGUCACUCUUGGGCCGCCGGCAGCCUGUGGCUUCCCCGCCUCGCCUCCUCCGCGCACCACCACCACCACCAGCGUCUGAGGGUUUCGCCCGCGGGGAGAAGAGGACGAGAAGCGAGCAGCCGCCACACACGCCCCCAAGCAGAGCCUCGGAGGGAUUUACUUGGGGCUGACCGGAGCCGAGGGGAAAAUGUACCUCGACCCAGAGGCCACCAAAGUUCUGUUGGCAGGUCCUUCCACAGUCUUGGGGCAGCCAAUGAAAAGGAUCGAUCUCUGGUUGAUGGUGGCCAUUCGGGUUUGGUCAGGCUGGAGCAGACGCCCCAAGAGGACCUCAGUGUUCGGGAUGGAUUAUACAGUGAGAAGGCGAUCCUGUAGCUAAUCUGGACACAAACCAUGUAGGGCUUUCAAGGUCAAAAUCAACAUCUUGUACUUUGCCUGUAAACUAAUUGGCAGCCAGUGGAGUGACUUUAGAAUAGGCUGAAUAUGCUCACUCCUAGAUGUUCCUGUGUGUAACCAAUCUGUCUGCUGUAUUUUGAAACAGCUGGAGCUUCCGAACUUUGUACAAAGGUAGCCCAAUGUAAAGCACAUUGCAGAAGUCCAACCUUGAGGUUACCAGUGCAUGCAUUACUAUCUUUAGGUGCUAUGUAUCAUUCUUCAAAUGCAUAUUGUUGUGUUCAGUGUGUAUAUGCAAAUCCUACCUGACUGUAAACUCACCAGUGACCUGCAGGAGCUGGAAAUUUCACGCAUUAAUUAGUGUGUUUAUUUUUUGGGUGUUUCAAUAAAGUCAGCACCAAACAACAUGGUGUCUAGUAGCUCCUGUUUCCCAAAUGAAAUUGCAACCUUCUGCAUUUGUCUGUUCACAGCAGUUAUGCAGGAUCAGAACUUCAAAAAUACACAAUAUAAUAAUGGGUAUUAAGCACUGUAGGGCUGGAUCAGAGGAAAUGUGGUGACCACUUUGUUUCUUAUUCCCUUCUUUUGCCAUUCAUCCAUUCCCUCCUGCCUUGCAGUGUAUGCUACUAUUGCUAUUACAAAUGCCGAUGAAUGAAUGCAGCACUCUAAAGGCUCUCAGUGGAAGUCUGGAAAGUACAAAAACCAUGCCUCAUUAGCUAUUUGUGACCACUAUUUGUCCUGAAGGGAAAUUUUUUGGCAGAGUUUGGGUUACCUUCUUAGAUUAGGAGGGUAGCAAGGCUAGACAUUUUUAAGGUGGGUAUACAGUGGUUGCCUGGUUCUCCAGCUAUGUACUGAAAGGACUGUAUUUUAGUGGCAGUGUCUGAGAGGAUACCUACUGGCACCAGUAUGUUUCUCAGUGUGAAAUCCAUUGAUAUGAGUGGAACUGCACUGCUGUUGUUGGUUAAGGAGAAGCAGUGAGUCAGACAGCUUGGAGGCUAAGGAGGGAAAAUCCUAGAGCGGAAUAAGUCCUACCAUGUUAUCUUCUGUUCUAGGUUCUUAGCAAAGGGAUUCUGACGUUUCACCCACAUCUGUGGCAGGCAACCUCUGAGGAUGCCUGCUACAGAUGUGGGUGAAACGUCAGGGGAGAAAGCUUCUGGAACAUGGCUAUACAGCCCAAAAGACUCACAGCAACCCAGUGAUUCCGGCCAUGAAAGCCUUCAAUAAUACAUGGAUUCUGAAAAAUUGUUGGGAGAGAAGAUUUACUGUUUUCUGAGGGGUGUAUGCUUGAUCAUUUUGCAUGUAUAUGUUUUAUGCCUCUUAACAAUACUUUUGGCUGUAUGUGGUUUUAGUCAAAUAUCUGUUGACAUUAUAUUCAGAUAUUAUAUAGUUGCAGGAGCAGCCAUAUGGCAAGUUGUCUUGAAGUUUCAACAUUCUUCUAAUAUAAAAUCUCCAACUUCUAUUUGUUGUAAAAUUAUGACAAAUUGUUCUAUCGGUAUGAAAUCUGGCAAGAGGAAUCUACCUGGCUGAGAGAAUAUUUACGCCAAAAACCCAGGAAGAAAAAUCAAAUAAAGAAUGGUUUUGUUUAUAGGUGUGCAUGCUACUGUAAAUGUUGAUGAAUGAAUUGAGAGAACAGGGGGCUCAGCAAAAGUCUGGGAAACAGCACAUGAACCAACCUUCAUUAUGAAAACGUGUUUAAUGCUUACGGAGUGUGAAACAUAUGGCAGUUCCCUUAGCUUGCGAUGUAAAUAACUUUUGGCUUGUGCACAAGUUUGUAUAAACCUUAAAUGGAAUCAUUCUUUGGCACUGAGAAUAUGAGAUUCUUUCACACAACAGAAAGAGAAAGCAGAGCUGUUUUGAAUUGAAUAUUUUAUUUUCACUUUGUUUUGGUAUUAAAUCACACUGAUAAAUUAUCCAGCACACAUUAAAUCCUGUCAUUUAUUCAGAGGGUCUUCAAACUAAAUCAAUGUGCUCCCUCAAUUCUUAUCUAGUCACCUUAUUAAAUCCUGCUUGCAUUGCUUCUUGUGACUCUGUACAAAGUCAAGCACACACAUGAUUACAUUAUAGCCUCCAACAUUUCACAGAUGCAAACUAGGACCCAUGAGACCAAGCAUCAUGAGAGUGUGGGCAAGACGGCGACAGUUAUUAGUAAGAAAGAACACUGAAUCUGGGAGAGGCUGCAGCAGUUUGCUUUUGCUUGAGCCUACUGGGAAGGGCAACAUUUCUUACCCUCCCCUCCCCCUCCCCUCCCCACUGCUGAAUGAAUUGAGUGGGAAGUACAAUUGAAGUAAGCUGAGCACAAAAAAAGGGAAAGGAGGACAAACUGGGUUGAAAAAGUGAGGUGACAGAGGAUUAAUUUGGACUGUCCCUACCAAAGAGGGGCAAUCAGAUAAUUUUGUACUCUGAUUUUGGUGACCUGGCCUAUGAGAAGGUCACCUCGUCAGUCAACAGUUUUCCUACUGCUGUGCUUUAAUAGAAAACCCCUGCACAGGACAAAGAGAAAUUUGAGCCAUCAUACCUGCAUCCCUUUCUGAACAAGGUUAAUCAUGGUAAUGAUAUUUUCUUGCAGGAGCUGAUAUUAGUACUAGAAAAAACAACCUGCAGAAAUCUUGUACAGCUGUCCAAAAGCUACAUCGUUUUUGUGAUUGUGUCAUUUUUGCUUUUCAUUUAAAAAUAGUCUAUAGAUUUCUCUGUGUUCUGUCUGAAACCAGAAGCUGUUCCAAGAAGCCAUCUUUCAAUUUCUAGAGAGACCUAUUGCAAUGGCUGGCUGUACACACAUAAGCUUUUUGCUAAUACGACUGUAUUCAAGAGGUCUGCUUCUUGUUGUUGGAGAGUCUAUCACCUUAGCUCCCAGCAAAGUCCACUGCAUGAAUAUAUUUAUGAAGGAAGAAAGUGCAAAGGCAGGUUUACAGAUGAACAUGAAGAAAACCAAAUAAUGACCACAGAUGGGUUACAUAACUUUAAAGUAAACAAUGAAGUACUGAAAUUGUUCAAGAUUUUCCAUGCAUUGGCUCUGUCAUUAAUGAGAAAUGAGAGUGCCAUCAAUAAAUAAAAAAAGUAGAAUUUGGAAGGAUAGGUAUGAACAAACUAGACAAGAUCCUGAAGUGUAAAGACAUAUUUUUGAAUACUGAAAUUAGGAUUAUCAUUCAUUGUAUUUCUUUUUUCUCUGUAUGGUUGUGAAAGCUGGACAGUUGCAAAAGCAGGCAGAAAGAGAAUCAACUUCUUUGAAAUGUGUUGAAGAGAACUGUGGAUGCUGCGGACUGCUAAUAAGUGGAUUUUAGAGAAAAUAAAAUACUCCUUAGAAGCCAAGAAGACAAACCUGAGACUGUUGUACUUGGUCAUUUCACAAAAAGAUAGGACUCCCUAGAAAAGAAAGUAAUGCUUUGUAAGAAAGAAGAGGAAAACUUCAUCCCAGAUGGAUAGAAUUAAUCAAGGAACCCACAGCUAUCCAGAGUUUGCAAGACCUGGGCAGAGCUGUUGAAGAUAUAUAAGGUGACCUGAAAGUCACUCAUUCAUAACAUUUCCACAAGUCAAAGAUGACUUGAUGGCAGUCAAGAACAACAAUUGUCUAUACAUUUGCAUGUACACAAUAGUUUUCUGUAGCCCAAAAAAUAGUUUUCAGUAUUACUGCUAGUGUGCCUGGAAAUUAAGUGACUGCAGUAUUAAACAUUUUCUGUUGGCACAGCUUAUAGUUCUUAUGGCUUCAUAUAUUCAAGGCUGAAAGAAUUUGAUACCAAAACAGCCCUCUUCAAACAGGUCUUUGGCCCUAUGCUUCUCACAGAGUAAGUAAGGAACUGCAUGAUUGCAUGUAUGCGUACAGAAACAGACAGCCAAGAAAAGCACACCCUCCACUAAUAGGGUUAAUCAAUAAUUUCAAAUCAGCUUCUACGUAUGGUGAGGGAUUUUUGGCAUGAUUUGUGCACAGAUGACUUGUCAUCACCUUUCUCUGAGGCUGAGGAAGUGUGAUUUGCCCAAGUCACCCAGUGGGUUUCCAUGACUGAGGACUACAAUUUGAACCCAUCAGAGACUCCCAGAGUCUCUGCCCAACUCUCAGAUCACUACACGACACACCACCUUUCUAGGGUUAAUCAUAAAGGAAGGUAUUACUUGAAACUUUAUAGUCAGGUGAAGUUUGGAAAAUAACCAAAACAAAAUGUUACUCUUAUCUGAGUAACUACUGCACAUAUGUUUAAUUACUUAUAGAUUUAGCAUCUUUGUUGCUAGGAAGAAGUACUCUGAACAAACUGAAAAGGGUGGAGCUGUGUCAAAAGCUAUAAAUUUUAUGUUAUAAAAGAACGCUUUGUGAUUGUUUUGAACGUUGAACUUUGAGGCAGUGAAUGAUAACUGGAAAUCAGGUGUUUUAUAUUUGAUCUUACUAUGUACUGGCUAUAAUCUUGUUUUAUAGAGAAGGAACCUAUUCCUGAAAUGUGAGGUUUUCGGACUGUAUGGCCAUGUUCCAAAAGCAUUAUCUCCUAAUGUUUUGCCUGUAUCUGUGGCUGGCAUCUUUAGAGAACCACAGAUGCAGGCAGAAUGUUAGGAGAGAAUGCUGCUGGAACGUGGCCAUACAGCCCGAAAAACUCACAGCGACCCUUUGAUAAUCAUCUCUUUAUUAGAUAGAUUGAAGAUUCAGAAAUUUUGUUUAUUUCUUGGUAACAUUUGCUUCUGAUGUGUCAGAACUGAGAAAAUAGUCCAACUUACUGAUUAUAAUUGUUUGCUAAUGUCAUCAUCAUUAUUUUUUUUAAAAAUGACAUUUCUGACGAAGAGAGGAGUAGUGAAGAAUCUUAACUAUAAAAUUAUACUUUAUAUUGUCCAGAAAAUGCAAUAUAUAUAUAUUUUGCUUCAUGUUUCUCCUUAUCCCCUUCAUUCCAGAAUGCAUUGCUAGUUGUGAUAUUGUGAGUCUAUAUAAUGAAUAUAUAUAAUCUAUAUAAUGAAAGCUUAUAUUGAGAAAAUAAAACUAUUUCUGGUAUUAAAUUUAUGAAGCUGAUAUAACUGGUUUUAGUAACUGUAGGACACAGUUUGGCUGGAGGCUUUGAUUCUGGAAAAUCGUAAUUCACAUCUUUCCUGGGUUAAUUACUGAUUAUCUGAUUCCUUUCAAAAGGUUUUUCAGGGUUUACUUGGUAAAGACAUGAUGCAAUAUGGACUUGCUUUUUCAAACUGUUACUUUUAUCUGUAAAAUAUACUUGAAACUUCCUUUGGGAUUACAAUCAUCACUAUUAUUAGAACAAAAAUGUUCUUUGAGUGGCUGGGCAGAAACAAGAGAGAUAAAAACAAAUGGUAGUGUUAAAUUGGGCAAGUACGCUAGAAUUUUUCAUCAGGCUAGGGUAGGAAUCAGGAAGUCAAAUCAAAUUAAAUUAAUGACAAAUUAAAUAAUGUGAUUUUAAUGAAUGAAUAAAUUGAAGAUUGUGAAAAUAUAUAUUUAACAAUUUCCUUGUGCUUCAUUACAUUAGAGUUUGGAGAUAUUUCACUAUCCAGGCAGUCUGGUGUCUCAUCCACAUUGUGUAACAGACAACUGACUUUCAAAUUCUAAUCCUAGUCACAAAUCAAGAAUGAGAACUACACUAAUCAUUAAAAUUAUUUGGUUUAGUAAUAUCAUACUAAUUUAUUUUGAAAGGAGUACACAUAAGAGUAUUUAGACCAGGGGUGGAAAGCAAGUGGUCUUCUAGAUGUUAAACUAUAACUCCCAUGCCUGUAGCAAGGAAAACACAUGGUUAGGAAUGCUGGAUAUUACUGUCCAACAGCAUCAAGAGGGCCUCAUGUUUUCCAUGGAUGGGCUAUAUGAUAUAAAAAGUGGGGGCUGAAGGAAAACGGAGAGGGAACUAAAAUAGGAGUCAUGUUGUAGCCUUGAAAUCUGCAAUUAAGCUCAGUCCCAAAAUGGUUAUAUCAAAUCACAUGUAGUGACACAUUCUGGAUUGAGAAGAGGAAAUGGUGAAACAUCAGGCAAAACAUAUUGAUAGAAAAGUAUCUGAUCUGUCUCUAAUACAUUUUAUUCCAGGGACCUCUCCCAUGUAGUUAGAUACCUUCAGUAAGUUGAAUGGAGCAUGGAUCUUGUGUCUUGUAAAUCUAAAAGCAUGUUGGCUGAAUUCUGUGUACCUUAGGUUGAAAUCCCUCCCCCCUCUCUAUAUAUAGGAGUAAUCCUUUAACUGAAUAUAAUGAAAUUUUCUCCCAAGUAGACAAGCACAUAAUUGUACGGUUACAGCCCAGUUACUAGAUCAUUUUUAAAAGCAAUGCUUUGUUUGAGGAGUGAGUAAUGUAUCUCCAUUUGAUUGGAGUGAGGGAUCAUGAUUCUGGGAUUAAGGCUGUUGAAUGUGUGUCCUGGGAUAUUUGGAAAGAAAGCAGAAAUGCCAGUUUAGGGAUUAUUCAGUUUAUUCUACACUUCAUCUGUUAAGCUAUCUAGAAUGCUAAAAGAGGUCAUUAAACUGUAGCUUUAGUUGAAGUUGCUGUUAAUAUAAGUGCACAAGUUUAUUUAAGGUAUGACUUUAGAAUUAAGUUAUAAUCCACUGUCAUUGUGUCCUUUAUGUUAACUAUGCAUUGAAGAUUUAAUAAAUACAUUGGCCUAUGCAAGAACUUAUGCAAAGCAAACUUGCCUUAAAACACAUUAAAAACUGCCUUGUAUUGAGUCAAAAACCAUUGAUCCACACAGCUCAGAACUGUAUGCAGAUUCUCCAUUCACUUUGAAAGAGGUCUUAUCCGAUUUAUAGUUGGAAACAUAGAAAUUGAACUUGGGUCCUUCACAUUUCUCUACUGUGGUCCCAUCCCUUAAGGGCAAAAAAGUUAUUUUAGUGUAAAACACAUCUAAAUACAUUAAUUUAUCAUCUGCUCUGCCUAAUUUUAAACAAUCUUGUAAUACCUGUUUACUCAAAUCUAAUUCUCACCUUUUUGGACUGAAUUAUCUCACCAAAAAUUAGGGUGCGUAUUAGAUUUGCAUCAUAUAGUCAUCUUAGUGCUGAGCUAAAGCCAAAGGGGAAUCUUUUUUCAGGAGCUCCUCUUUGAGGGACCUCAUUCUCAUUUCGUGGCCAUGUCUCAAUGCCAUGGGACCUUGGGAUUUCUUCUUUGGCAGAGAAAGCUCAAGACCUUGCCAAACUACAGCAUUGAACCAAAGCAAUUAAAGUGGAUUCAUUCUACAGCAUAAAUGCAUCCCAAGGUUUUUGCUUUCUGUUGCCGGAAGCUUUGGUGUUCAAACACUUUUGUGUUUUAAAGGAGAAAUUCUAAACAUGUAGCAACUGUAAUCCACACCUUUUUUUGUCCAAAUGCCAAAGAGGGCACAUGUCCCCCCCACUGCACAUUACAUUUGCCAGGAAAUGAUUUUUUUUUUUUAGUUUCAGAGUUUUAAAAAUAGAAAUGUGCAUUAGAUUUGAUGACCCAUUGGAUUCGAGUAAAUACGGGGUAUAUGCUGAUAUACUUUGCAUAUAUGCAUUUUCUUACUAUGGGCUUUGGCACUUGCUCUGCCCUGACUUACAAAUAAAAGUUGUGAUCCUAUUGGUAUUGCCCAUUUUCCAGGGAUGAGCAGUGAUGGUGAAAGAAGGUGGACACAAUCUGCAGGGGCCAAGUGUUGCAUUUACAAUGGCAUAACGUUUGAAAUGUGUUAUGCCAUUCAAAUAACGUUUGAAUUAUGUUUGAAAUUAUAUUUUUAAUUCAUAAUGUAUUUUAAUAGUUUUAACUGUUUUAUGUGCUGUUUUAUAUUGGUUUGUAUGAGCAUCUAAUUGUUGCCACUGUUGUAAGCCGUCCUAAGUCCCUUCGGGUGAGAAGGGCGGGAUAUAAAUGUGAGAAAUAAAAUGAGAAAUAAACAACAUACCAGUAGAGUUCUGCUCAAACUACCUCUAUAUUUAUCCUACAAUUCCUGACCUUUGAAUUAUACAAGAUUUUUUUAAUGUUUCUAAAAACCUGAUGUUAGGAAAAAGUUAAGUGAGCUCUCUUGGGAAACCAUGUUCUACCUGAGAUGUUUUUAAAGUCCAGCAAUUAUCGGGCAGGAGCAAGCAGGCAUUGGUCAAUUUGUGGAACUGCCCAAAAGAAAUCUUGAUUUUUUUUUUAGCAUGACUUCCAUUUCAACUUACUGGACACUAUUUCCUAUCUACAGGUUUAUCACUUGGGCUUUGAUUUUGUCAUCUUUCAUAAGCUGAAUAGGAGUAACCCUGGUGAAUGCCUGGAUGAUGACAGGCUUCUAGGGGAACCUGAGUGCUUUAUAAAAUAGUAUUGAUAUUUCACUUGGUAGCAUCCUUUUUUCAGCAUCAAUAUUCUAUCCUUUGUUUGAACUUCUGCCUCAUGAUGUUAUGAACCACUAUAUAAAGAGGCCUGUCAGUCAGGAGAAGCUAGCCUCUUGUGGAUAUUAAAUCUGACAUUUCCCAUGAGAACUCCUGAGAUGCAUGUGUUAAUUUAAUUUAAAAUAAAAUAAAAUAGACAAUAGAAUUGCUUGAGUUACGGUUUCAAUUGAGGUCCACCUUAAAAUGGGGGCACGGAAAGAGCCUCCCCGAAGAUUGAGUGAAUUCAGUCGGGCGUCCCCUGGGCAACGUUUCUUGUAAGCGGCCGAUCUUUCCACCCCAAAAGCAUUGGAUGAAUGGAUGAAUACCAAAGGUCUUUAUCAAGACCAUUGCUAACGAUUAUGUCUAUUAAUAUAGAAGGUUUGUCACCUGCUAAGGAAGAACUAUUAGCCAAAAUGUCUGAGGACAUCUCAUGUGACAUCCUAUGUAUACAGGAAACACACAGAGACAUUACAAUGAGAAGACCAAAAAUUCUUGGAAUGCAGCUGGCAGUGGAACGACCUCACAGACAAUAUGGCAGUGCCAUUUUUGUAUGAUCUGGUGUAGCAAUCUCUGCAACUUCCCUCACAGAAGUGAACAACAUUGAAAUCUUAUCUGUGGAACUUGAUAGUUGCACCGUAUCAUCACUCUAUAAACCACCUGGUGCUGAUUUCUAUUUUACACCCCCAACCAGUUGCCACAAUCAUGAAGCCCAUUUUGUUGUGGGAGAUUUCAAUAGCCACAGCUAUUGAUGAUAGAAAUGGCGAAGCAGUUCUAACGUGGGCCGACAAUAGUAGAAUGAGCCUCCUUCAUGACAGUAAAUUACCACCAUCAUUUAAUAGCGGCCGAUGGAAGCGUGGUUAUAACCCUGAUCUGAUUUUUGUAAAGGAAAGCAUAAGCCACCAAUGCACCAAAAGGGUAUUAAACCCAAUACCUAACACACAACACAGACCAAUAUGCUGCGUAGCAUAUUCAGCUGUAAGACCGAAAAGUGUCCCAUUCCGCAGAAGAUAUAACUUCAAUAAAGCUAACUGGACAAAGUUUACAGAGACCUUGGAAGCUGCUAUUUCUGAUAUAGAACCUUCUAUAGAAAAUUAUGACCUGUUCGUAGAAGCUGUGAAAAGAUCCUCAAGGCUCUCAAUCCCUAGAGGCUGUCGCACAAGCUACCUACCAGGCCUAAAUGAAGAAUCACUAAAUCAGCUACAAGAAUAUCUCAGAUUAUUUCAAGAGAACCCAUAUAGUGAUGGGACUAUAGCAGCAGGCCAAAAACUAUCUACAGCCUUAGCUAAUGCUAAGAAAGACCGUUGGAUAGAGCUGCUUGAGAACCUGGACAUGUCCAAGAGUAGCCGAAAAGCCUGGCAAUUGCUGAGACGCCUGGAUAGUGACCCCCUGGUCAACCCUGGACUCGCAAACGUGACACCAGAUCAGAUAGCUCACCAGCUAAUUCAGAAUGGGAAAACCAACUGCAGCAGAGUAAAGAUGAAAAUCAACAGGGUGCCAGAACUUGAAACCUACCAGUUGUCUUCUCCUCUAAACCUGAAAGAACUCAGAGAAGCCAUCAAGCGAUGUAAGACUGGUAAAGCACCUGGCCUAGAUGACCUGAUGAUGGAGCAAAUCAAACACUUGGGGGCCAAAGCUGAAAACUGGCUUUUGAAAUUCUACAAUCAAUGCCUGGCACACAAACAGAUUCCCAGAGCAUGGAGGAAAACUAAGAUAAUUGCCAUCUUAAAACCUGGUAAAGAUGCCUCCAAUGCCAGGAACUACCGACCAAUCUCCCUCUUAUGUCAUCUAUAUAAAGUCUAUGAGAGGAUGCUAUUAAAUCGACUAGGACCUGUUAUCGAACCCAAGCUUAUUGCACAACAAGCAGGUUUCAGACCAGGGAAAAACUGUACAGGUCAAAUUCUUCAUCUGACUGAGCAUAUUGAGGAAGGCUAUGAGAAAGGCUGCAUCACGGGAACAGUCUUUGUGGACCUUACGGCAGCCUAUGACACGGUGCAACAUAGAAAAAUGCUGCAUAAAGUCUACCAUAUCACCCGGGACUUUGACUUUACAAAAACUGUCCAGACCCUCCUAGAAAACCGCAGCUUCUAUGUGGAGUUUCAGGGCCAGAAAAGCAGAUGGAGGAGGCAAAAGAAUGGUUUACCCCAAGGCAGCGUUCUUGCACCAACCUUAUUUAACAUCUUCACAAACGAUCAGCCACUACCACCACUCACAAAGAGCUUUAUAUAUGCUGAUGACCUUGGCCUUACAACACAAGCAAAAGAUUUUGAAACAGUUGAAAAGCAACUCACCAAUGCCUUGAAAGACCUCUCCAGCUACUACAAAGAGAACCACCUGAAGCCUAACCCUUCCAAGACACAAGUGUGUGCUUUCCACCUACGUAACCGCGAAGCCAACAGGAAACUGAAAGUUACUUGGGAAGGCCAAGAGCUCGAACACUGUUUCCAUCCUAAAUACCUUGGUGUCACCUUAGACCGAACACUAACAUAUAGGAAACACUGCACGAACACCAAGCACAAAGUAGCUGCACGCAAUAACAUCCUGCGGAAACUGACUGGCAGCGCAUGGGAAGCAGACCCACAAGAAAUAAGAACAUCAGCCCUGGCCUUGUCUUUUUCAACUGCAGAGUAUGCCUGUCCUGUUUGGCACAAGUCUGCCCAUGCGAAGCAGGUGGACAUAGCACUGAAUGAAACAUGCAGAAUCAUCACGGGAUGCCUUAAACCUACACCUGUUGAUAAACUCUACAAGUUAGCUGGCAUUGCCCCUCCUGACGUGCGACGGGAAGUUGCUGCUAACGGUGAGAGAAAAAAGGUCGAACAUUGUGAAAGCCACCCACUGCAUGGCUAUCACCCUCCUCCCACCAGACUCAAAUCAAGGAAGGGCUUCAUGAGAACCACCACUCCUCUUGAUGUUCCUCCAGCAACAGCAAGGGUGUCCCUCUGGGCAGCUAAACCUGGCAAUUCUAACUGGAUGGCCCCCCAAGAGGGUCUUCCUCCAGGGGCAAACCAGGAAUGGGCAACUUGGAAGUCCCUGAACAGACUCAGAAGUGGAGUGGGCAGAUCAAAAGACAACUUGGCAAGGUGGCACUACCUGGAGGAAUCCUCCACCUUGUGUGACUGUGGAGCUGAACAAACAACUCAGCAUAUGUAUGCUUGCCCACAAUGCCCUGCCUCAUGUACGGAGGAGGAGUUGUUUAAAGCUACAGACAAUGCGGUUGCUGUUGCCCGCUUUUGGUCCAAAACUAUUUAGUUGCUUGUGAUUUCUUUUCUUUUUUUAAUUUUAUUUCCAUUAUUUGAAAUGUAUUUGCUGUACCAAUGCUUUUGACACGAAAUAAAUAAAAUAAACCUUAAAAUGGCAGCAUUUCAGUAUCAUAAUUAAGUAAUUGAGAUUCAGUGCUGGAUCAGUCAUUCUUGGAGCAUUUUAAACCACUCUAAGGUGCUGACUGAUUUUGUUGUAUGAUCACUUACAGCUGGCAUAGAGUCCUAUGGAGUGAUCACCAUGAUUUCUUCAUGGUAUCUUUAGCCUGCAGAAGAGAAGGUUGAGAGGAGACAUGAUAGCCAUGUUAAAAUAUUUGAAAGGAUGUCAUAAGGAAGAAGAAGCAGGGUGUUUUCUGUCACCCUGGAGAGUAGGACUCAGAGCGAUGGGUUCAAAUUACAAGAAAGGAGAUUCCACCUGAACAUGGAGAAGAACUUCCUGACCGUAAGAGCUGUUCAACAGUGGAACUCUCUGUUUCAGAGAGUGGUGGAAGCUCCUUCCUUGGAGGCUUUUAAAUAGAGACUGGAUGGCCAUUUGGCAGAUGAACUUUGAAUGUGUUUUUCCUACAUGGCAGGGAGUUGGACUAGAUGGCCCAUGCGGUCUCUUCCAACUCUAUGACUUAAUUUUUAGUUUAUUUUCUCUCCACUGGAAAGAAAAAUCUUGUCUGCGCCACAAUCAAGCAAGCUGUGCAUUUAUAACACUAUGUAACACAAUUUUUGUUCCUGAGUUAAAAAUGUCAUUUCCUAAUUGGGUCUAUCAUAAAAACAUCAAAAAAGUUUAUUAAACUGCAAAAACUUUGUUUUUGCAGGACAUCCUGCAGCACAUUUUGCUAUAGUUUUUCAAUGAAUAUCUCAUAGAAUCUCAACCAACUUAACAUUGUUUGUGGCAGCCACAACAACAUAGUUUCUGGAGUAUAAACAACUACUUUCAAAGUAAGUACUGCACAGUUAAACAGGAAAUAACACUUUCAGAUGAGGAAAUUGUGGUACAUAGUGUAAUAGCUCUGCAGUGGACUAUGUUUAUAUCUGGCUAUAUGCUCUCUUUAAUUGCUGCUAAAUUGAAACUGAGCCCUGUCUUUACAUAGUAAUGAGUUCUGCUAUCCCUUACAAAUACAUAUGGCUCUUGAGACACUUGAGUGUACUACUGAAGAACGGGAUCAUUAAUUCCUCCAAAUAUUUAACCUUUUGUAUGGGAAAGAAUGCUCAUUAGAAAGUUGCCAAUGAAAUCUGAGAGGGUUGGUUUUUGCAGAGUUGACCAAGAAACAAAGCAAUCUCUGUGUGAGCAUCCACAGAACAAGAGAACCAAGAAGCAGAAAAUGAUGAUGUUUUUUCAGAAAUACAACCAGCUCUUAGAGCUUUAGGUAUACUCUCAGGUGUAGUAUUCAAACAACUAUACUAGACAGCUCUAAGAGUUCCUGAUGUACCUUUGAUGUAUUUAGCAAAUGUUUUGAAAGGUGUUCCUUGUUUGUCUUUGCAACAACUCUAUGAAGUUGGUUACUAUGGUAUAUUUCUCUAGAAAUGAUAUAGAAUAAUAUUGUAGUACCCACAGCCACAAAACAAAUCUGUGGUAUGGUCAUGGCUUUAUUUGGAUCUGUCCAAAUUCAAGCUGCUAUAAUUGUUCCCAGAUUUCUAGCUAAUAUGGAAGGGUCAGAGCUAAUUUGGCUUUUUCUUCACUUGUACUGCAUGUAAAAUUGUCAUGGAAAGUUUUUUAUGUUGUGUGCCUUCAAAUCAUUCCUGACUCAUGGCAAACCAUGGGGGUUUCUUGGCAAAAUUUGGUCAUAAAAAGUUUGCCUUUGCCCUCUUCUGAGGCUGAAAGAGUGUGACUUGCGCAAAGGAACCCAGUGGGUUUCCACAGCUGAGUGUGGAUCCAAAUGUAGGUUUUCAGGGUUGUAGGCUCAAACCACUAUACCAAACUGACUCCCCAGAACAGCAGAAAAGGGGAAUCCAGUAUCCACUGUCAGGAGAAAAAAAUAUGGCAGAAGUAACAAAAAACAGAGAUCCUCAGUAUGGCCAAAGUCUAUUUAUUAUAGAAAAAGCUGUUCUUUUUGGAAAUUGUGCUAUUCUGGUUCAGAGGCUCAUACGUUAGCACUGUAGGCAUAGAAUGGUUUAUCUUAACAGUACAGAAGAUUACUGGAAGACUAUUUGGAUGAGGUAGGGAGAAGAUUGUGAGGAAGAUGGACUAGUUACAAUGGAGCAAGUAAGAAACAUGAUGUGAGAUACGGGGUGACUCAGAAUUCCUUGGUCCUGUGAGGAAGGAGUUCCUGGAUAAGAGUGCCAGGUUGUGCAUGAUAGGGGGUUGGUCUAGAUGUCCCUUGUGGUCCCUUCCAACCCUACGAUUCUGUGAUUCCAUAAAUGGAAAAGAGGCAGUGGCAGGGGUGAGGCUAAUUGGUCUCCCUGGUGGCAGUAAAAAGGUACAGGAGUGAGAGACUAUUGUGUCCAAUUAAAUAGUUAAUAGUACAGUAGAAGCCACCUGCCCUCUGUGUCCCCAUGGCAGAAGGAACACAAAUGAGCUUGUUCUAAUUAUCCCUCUGGCAAACACAACCUACCAGCCAAGGGAAAAGAGCACCUGUCAUCUGCGGCCUCAUCCACACAUGUUUCAGGGAGGGAGGGAGGGGCAGAGGGAUUUGAGCCUUUAUUAUAUGUUGAGCUCAUGUAAAACACUUCUUACUAUGCCUUAAGCUUUCAUGCUCCUCUCUCUUGUAACAAAGCUGGCUAAAAUAGCUGAAUGAGAAAAAACCAGUAAGCUUUAGCUCCCUUUCCUGGCCCUGAGUGACUCCAUUGCUUUACAUCUGAAAAGAAUGUUUAGGUGCUGUGUAAGUAAAACUCAGCCAAUUAAAACCCAAUAUAAUAACUUUUACCUUUAUUGGAGGCUGAAACCAAAUUAAGGGUGCACCUUGACAUGCCUUUUAAUAGUUGUGAAGCCAGAUUCGCUCUGUGGCCUUUACUUGAUGCAUGGAGCUGAUCAGGCAGUAACACAGACCAAGACUGUUUAAUGUGUUCUCUCUGCUUGGUCUCAUGCUGGAAAGCACAGCCUGAUGCUACUUGGCACUCAAGACUCUUAUAGCUCCAAGAAGUCUGUUGCCUUUUCUGGAAAUACUAGAGCCCUGCUGAACUGUAUUUCUAUUUCUUCCUUCAGACUGAAUAAUGGACUCAUAGUCUACAACCGCUUUCUGCUUUGUACUCUUUCACGCCUCUAUCAAGUAAAUAAAGUUAUCAAAGUUAGGAAGAUUAGAUUUUGGAAUCUUGCCAGAGACAUAAUGUAUUUCUCAUUAUCCAACCUCGCCCCUUUCACAUAAUGUAGCAUUUAUAUAAUCACAUCCCAAGCAUUUCAGGUAAUUCACGUACACUGUUUCAGAGACCCUCACAACCAUUCUGCAAGCCAGGUCAGUAUAAUGUAUCUACAUAUUACUAGAGAAGGAGUGGAGGUUGGAAUUCUAGCAGUUUGGGUAAGGUUUUCACAUGUGAGUUUCUGAUUAAGUAGAGAUUUGAACAGGGCACAUCUCAGCUCAGUUCUUUUGAAAAGGUAUUCACAAAAGUAAGAAGUAAGGAGUCGACAUCUCAGGGUAGACACCUUGGCUCCUAGGGAGGGUUCAGGCUUGAUUUCCACUAGGAUCCAUUUGUUUUGCUGUUUUUUGCAGUUCACACUAUUCAUGGAAUUUUUCUCCAGCACCAUAUUUCAAAUGUGUUAAUUCGCUUCACCAUCCAGCUCCCUGCCUUGCCCUGCCGCCCUUCCUCCUAAUCCAUCACCUAAAAGUGGUAGUCCCAAGAUAUUAUACGUGUAUUAUCAAUUUUGCUGUCACUGCUGAGACAAAGUCCUUUACAAUUCUCACUUCAUCUUGCAAAAAGCUCAGCUCAAGUAGUUGAUAACAUAUGCCCUUUAUUUUAAAUCAGAUAAAUAAUAUAAAUAAUGGAAGUGUCAUCUUCUCCAUAUCAAAUUCUCUGCAUCUUUUCCAGAGUUGUAGUUGUGCUGCCACGCCAUUUCAAAAUUUUGAAGAUAAUUUUAUUAUGAUGGAUCACAGAUGGAGAUGCCGUGACUGUACAUUGAUUUCACUAAGCUGCUUCAGACUGUUGCACCAAAAAAAAAUCUAUUUUAACUGCAGAGACAGCAGCUUUUGAUCCAUGAAUGUGUCCAUGAUUACUGUAUGAACCUGUCAGAAACUGAGGACAUAGCAUGGAAAGUAGUCUGCAUAAAGAUAUUUCAAAGACAAUCAGUCAUUGCUGAUUACCUAUUGGACAUUUUGUCAAAAUAGUGUUGUUUCAGAUCUAAAUCUAAUUACUGGUCCCAAAUGAAAUAGGCCGAUUGAAUAAAUGCCAUUUACAUAUAUGUUGACUUACAACUCAGCAGGUAUACUCUCGUUGGAACUUGAAGUGAGAUUUUGAAAUAAUGUAUUUUAUAUUUUCUACAAAACUGUUUUAAACAUUGUUUGGAUUCUUACAGCUCAGAGAAUCAACCACUUCUAUCAUUUCAUAAAAUUAUAGCAAGGAUGUACAGUGGGACCAUAAGUUCCAAUUUUCUGACCACCAGACAUGCUAGUCAAGUGACCAUUGGUUGCCCCGAAAAUCAGGAGAUCAUCAGGUUGCUGGCUCUUGUUUAAUAGCCAGGAUAAGACAGUAGCUAUCUUCCAGAAAACAGCUUACAGAAGAGCAUACAGAAGGAAAUAUUAACACCAUUCACCAUGUUCUUUAAGUGACAUAUGUCCAGAUGAAGUUAUGGUGUACAUUCAAUCUGUUCAUAGAUCUAAGGGUAGGAGGAAGUGUGAGCAACUGGGACAUUACAACAGCAGCCGAAAGAACAGGGCAAAUUGGGACGGUUGAAAGAUAUGGCAUGUAUACAGAUAUUUUCCUUACAAGUAAUCAAUACACAACCUGACAUCUCUAGGGAUUUGGAUGCCGUUUUCUCUCUCAUUCCCUCUGUCUUUCUGCUAGCAACUAAGAUAAAGUAGUGGUCCAUCUGAAAUCAGGUGGAAUGAGAUGGGAUUUAGCACGGGGGCAGAGAACCAGGGCCUUCAGGUAAGGCCUUUAAGAGUUGUUUGUAGUUUUCUAUGUGUUGUGUGCAACUUCCUUGAUACAAGCUAAUAUUUAGCACUGCGACAUUUUCCCCAAUCUAAGGCCUUACCACAGUGCUCAAUGGGUAUACUGACCACUACGAGGCAAAGAUUCAGCUACUUGAAGUAGCCUCAUAACCAUUUGGAUUCCCUUUGCAUUGGAGGGGUAUAGAUAGAAUGUAUAUGCCCUUCUGUCCUCUAUCCACAGAUUAUACACCUAUGGAUUCAAGCAACCAUGACUUAAAAUAUGAAGGGGGAGGGAAUCCCAAAAGCAGAUCUUUAUUUGGCCACAUUCUGAUAUGUAGGCAUGCUCUAGUUUGCCUCCCACUAUUUCACACAUCCUCAGGCUCUCUCUGGCACUCAUUUGCCAUUUUGCAGUGCCUUUGCAUCAGAGUUCUGCAUCCAUGGAUUUUGGUAUCCACAGAAGGUUCCUGGAACCAAAUCCCAAAGGAUCCUGAAGCCCACUGUACAGAGACUUGUCAUUUCUAUCUAGGCUUUAGAAUUGUUCCCUGGAGUAUUUAUGGUAUGGAUGCACUUGCAUAAAAGUAAUUGCUGUUUAGGUAUUUUGGUUUAGAGCAUAUAAAAUAAUAUAAACACAGGUGCGCACACCCAUAUGCAUAACUGCAGGCUACGUGAGACAUUUUCUCAAGCCUGGGAGGAGACACAUAAGGAAUCCAGCUAAUCAGCAGUUUGAUGCCCAGAUAAACUUCUCUUUUGGCUGUAUCCCACUUACAGUACUCCCUAGAACUGGCUAGGUAUGUGUUGUGCUUGGCUUCACAUUGUACUGAGCGAGCAUUUGGCUGCUGUGUUUCCUUACUCCUGAGCUGGCACAGGUAUGAAAGAUAUAAAUUCACAAGAUGCCAGUUGCAACCUAAAAAUAUACGGAGAUUUAUUGGGACAAGCUUGGCAAAUAAGGAAAAGGGCUUUAAAGUCCCAGAACCUGUCAGGCAACCCUCUUGGGCCCUCUGGCAUUAAGAUAUGCUCUACGAUGUCAAGGCCACUAGUGAGAAAUGAGCACAUCAGUAUUCAGACAGCAUUUUGCUUAGUUUUCUACCCAGAUGAACAGGAUGGCUUAACAUACUGCACAAUCUGCAGACUUUGGCGAGUUGUGCUGUGAUAAAUUCCAAAAUGCAGUUGCUUAUGAUGACAGCAUUUACAACCAAAUCCACAAGAAAAGUUAAAAAAAAAAUACAAGUAGCUGCCUUUAUCUGUGCCUAUCACAUAUGCAGUAGUACUUACCAGAAUACCCAAUUUCGUAAAUAUUGAUGUAGUAGUAGGGCCACAGAUCUAUGGAAUUGGCCCUGGGUCUCUAGAUUUGGCUGUUAUCAAUGGACCUCAAGGCAAUUGAAAGAAGUCUCAGAGUGAAAAUUCUGCUUUGAAAGGUUUGUGUAUAGUCCUAAAUUGUUAGAAAUGGAGGGUGUAAAAAACUGAAUAACUUCUGCUUUGCAACUGUGACUGAUGUUUAAUAUGUAAUGCUUUGAUGGUAUCACCAGGAGCUUCCCAUGCAACAUCACCAGGACCCACCUCCUAGCUCCCAUGUUUUUGCUCUGAAUUCUCAAGAGAUGACAUAAUCUUGAUUAGUAACCCUAACACUCAGCAUUAUGUGCUUGGGAUAAAACUGCAUGAGAAAGAAAAGGUUGGGACACAAUAGUUCCCCAAAUAGCACAAGAACACAUUUUAAUGCUUUCUGAAACGUCCUUUCCUCAACAGAGUAUUACCAUAUCUUCUGACUGUCCCAAUGUUUUAAAAAUAAUCCUAAUAAUCCUCUGUUUUUAAAGUGUCUUCUUUACUGCCUUCUGUUCCCAUUUCCCCCUUUGGCCUCAGAUUAUUUCAGUUGAGUCAAAUUGAGUUCAAAGUACAAAAGUAGCUUCUGCUGAAUUAACUCACGAGGGGAGGAAUGUUGCCCUUCCCAGUAACCUGAGGGAGAAGCAAACUGCUGCAGCUUCUCCUCGCUUUGUGUGCUCCCUCAUUAAUAAUAUUUGCCAUUUGACUACAUUCUUGCUUGGCCAGAUAUGUCCCAUUUUCAAAUGUGAAAUGUGGAUUAAAUACCCUAAAGGCUCCUGAUCCCAUCUGAUUUUAGAAAUGAAGCAGGUUCUGUUCUGAUAGAUACUUGGAUGGAAGACCACCAAUGAAAAUCAGAUGUUGUAGGUUAGAUUUUAGAGAGAGGAACUGUUGAAGCCACCUUUAUUCCUUACCUCAUAAAACACAGGUGACUUAAAAUCAUAGAUGGUACUCACCCUCUGACAUUGUAGAUACUCAUAGGUAGCAAAUAUGGCAUUGCCUUUUUGAACUACUAGUUCUUACCAGGAGUAGAUAUUUUCUAAAGUUCAUGCAUUUUAAUUUCCUGUUCAAGACUGACCCAGUUAUAAUACUUUGCAUUAAAACAACGAUGUGUCAUUGCAUGAUGUAGCUAAGCUCAGAGGAAAAAAGGGAAGCCUCAGUGGAUUAGUAGGUGAAGUCAUGGCCACUGUAAAGCAGUGGUUCCCAACCAUUUUUUGACCAGGGCCCACUUGAACAAGGGCCACUUUGACCAGGGUCCACUCUCCAACAUUAGUGCCAAAAGGGUUAUGAAUCAAUUUUUGGUCAACUUUAGAAUCAGUCUGGUUAUUUGGGGUGCUGGUUCAGAAAAUUGCAUUGGAUAGACCACAUUAGCUCUAGUUUCUGAUACAGAACAUAUGCCAUCCAGUAGUUGCCAUCUGCUCGCCCACAGAAAACCAUAUUUAAUAAUCUAGAUCUAAUGUGGUCUGUCCAAUACAAUGGUCAGCUCUGUAGAAAUGAAUGGAAAUAAAAUUAAUAAAAUAAAUAAAGAGGAAGGAAGUUUGCAGACUGGAUUUUUUUUUGUGGCCCACAGGUUGAGAACCAGUGCUGUAAAGUUAAACAUCCUUGGCUUUAAACCAUUACCUAAGGAGCUGAAACACGCUUGCAUUCAGCUGUCUAUAAAUCCUGCUCUCCCCUAGACUAGUCAGUCAGACUAUUGUACCAAAUAGUGGUAGGUGGGCGGGGAGAUACCUCUAAAUUCUGUACCAAAUAAACUAACAUCUGUAUAGUCUGCACCAAGAAAAAAAAUCUCUGCAAUCAAUUUGCAUAAAUUAUACAAAUUGAUAUGUACUGUAUACUUUUUUAAACUGUGUCAUCAUUGACAUGAUUGACAAACACAGUCAUUGGCAGGAAAGAGUGGUCCCUUGAUUGCUAGACGCCUGGAUCAACCACCCUGUGAUCUACAAGGUUGCAUCAUUUUUCUUUAAAAAAAACAUUAAAAUAUUGAAAAUAAGAUUCUCUGGAAGCUGAAUUUGCAUUUUUCAGAAUUUAAACUUACUCAAGAGGAUACAGGUGUGAGUAAUUUUGAAUUGUGCUAGUUUUUGUAGCAUAUUCUGUCUGUUUACUUUGGUAGUCCCAUCAUCACAACUUCAUUUCAGGUAGAGUAAUCUUCAUCUCAUCCCCUAAGAGAUAGCGACCCAAAGGAUAAGGUUGGGAAGAGGAAAGCGGAGGUCUGUGUCCAGCCCAGAAGCCCCAAUUAUGUGCAGAGACUGGCAAAAAGGUACAACUUAUAAAACUGAUUUUAGUGCUAAACCUGGAAUUGUUAUACUUGGUGAGACACAACACUUGGUUAGUUGGGCUACAGUGUAUGUGAAGUUUUUCUGAUUGAAAGGAUUCUUACAAAACAUUGUCAAAACACUUGCUCUGAGUAUUCUUAACACUUUUUGGGCUCCUCAAGUCAUGAUAAAUCAUAAAUCAUGAGGUCUUUUUAGCAAUUAAGUAGUGUAUCUGAAAGACAACAAGUCCCAUUGAUCUUGGAGGCCAAGCAGGGUCAGCACUAGUUAGUAUUUGGAUAGGAGACUGCAAUGAAUGACAAGUGCUGUAGGCUAAGUUUCAGAGGAAGGAACUGGCAAAACCACUUCUCACUAUUCCUUUCCCACUGAAAUUUAUGGGGUUGCAUAAGUCACCAGGCAACACGAAGGCACAUCCAAACACAGUGUACUUCAAGGUAAUUAAAACAAUUGCCACUUUAAAAAAUUGACAUUAGACAAUGAACAUGAGAAAUUUAUUAAGACAAAUGCAAUUGACUUGUACACAUGCUUUUUAAUGGGUGUUUCUGUUUUCAAAUUACAUUUUUGUAAUGACUAAUGUCCCAACAGUAAAACGAUAUUGGAAGGGCACUGACAUGCUUUGCAAACUACUGUGCCCUUCUGAGAACAGGGACACGAAGAUUUGUAUAAAUGAGUAUCCUUUUGGCUUUCAUGUUUGAGUUUGGGGAAAGCUGCAAUGUCUUUCCUUGCCUUCGUAACCCACCUGCUAGAAUUCUUCACCCAUUCAAUCUGGUUUUGCCUAAGUGACUGAGAUCACAUCAAAUACUGUUUUGUAAGAACAAAAUCAUUUGCAUGACCCGAGUUCUCCUCUGCAGAAAAACACAUGUUUUAUUUACAUAUUUCCUUGCUUCUUUAUUUUAUAAAAUUUCUGUAAGAAAUAAGUUUGAUUGGGCUGCAAAGGCAGGGUACUGAUGAGUAACACUGGAUGGAGAUGCUACGGGUGAUUAUCUGCUGCUGUCUUCCAUCUAGUUCUAUUACCAGCACUGAUUUACACUGCCAAGGCUUUAAAGUGAAAACCUGCAGCUUGGGGACGUACAAUGAGAAAUGUUUUGUUUGCAAUGCCAAGGACAUGGCCACUGCAUAUAUUUAUCAGUAAGUAUGGUAACUGCAAGCAGCCUAAAUAUCCUAAAGGCACCAGAUUCCACCUGAGCUUGGACACUAAGCAGAGUCAUGCUUAAUUAAAAUUUGGGUGGAAGACCACCAACAAAUACCAGGUUGUGCGAGCUAUGUAUCAUUGGAAGGAGCUGGCAAAACCACUUCUGGGUAUUCCUUGCCUAAAGAAACCCUAUAAAACCCAUGGGAUCACCAUAAGUUGAGAAGCUAUUUGAUAGCACACGCAUACACACACAUAAUGUCUGCAUUCUUUGACAAGUGAAAAUUAUGUAUGUGUUCAAUGUGUUGUCGAAGGCUUUCAUGGCCGGGAUCACAGGAUUGUUGUAUGUUUUCCGGGCUGUAUGGCCAUGUUCUAGAAGUAUUCUCUCCUGACGUUUUGCCCACAUCUAUGGCAGGCAUCCUCAGAGGUUGUGAGGUAUGCCUCUGAGGAUGCCUGCCAUAGAUGUGGGCGAAACGUCAGGAGAGAAUACUUCUAGAACAUGGCCAUACAGCCCGGAAAACAUACAGCAACCCUAUGUAUGUGUUCAUUCCAAAGGCUGAGUGGCCUCACUGUCCAUCUUGUGUUAGGAUAGUAGAAAAAGGAGGACAAGAUCAUCCUCCUGGGGACUUUAAUGCGAAAGUCGGAAGGGACUCCAACCUGUGGCCGGAGAUCAUAGGAAAAGACGGGGUUGGAAACAGCAACUCAAAUGGCAUCUUGCUUCUCACCAAAUGCGGAGAGCACAACCUUGUCAUCACCAACACGCUCUUCCGCCAGAAAAACAAGCUCAAGACAUCAUGGAAGCACCCUCGGUCAAAGCAUUGGCACCUCUUGGACUUUGUUAUCACAUGUGCCAGAGACUGCCGCGAUGUGCUUCUCACAAGAGCCAUGACAAGUGCUGAUGACUGCUGGAUGGACCACAGGUUAAUCCAAUCCACAAUGGCUAUCAAGAUCGUCCUCAAACACAGACUCCAAGGAAGAAAAACAAGGCGCAAAAUGAACACCCAAGCCCUUCAGGAGCCCUCCAAACGAGCCCUUCUCCAAACAACACUCAAGGAUCAUCUACCCACAGAACAUCCCGAAAAUGUUGAGGAACUUUGGAACAAACUGAAGACCUCCAUCAUCACAGCCUGCGAAGAAACCAUUGGAUACCAAACUAAGAAACAUCAAGACUGGUUUGAUGAUAACGACAUCCAACAGCUAAUCGAUAAGAAAAGGAAAGCCUUCCAAACAUGGCAGAGAGACACCAACUGUGCUGCCAAGAAAAAGAUCUAUGCCAGUGCAAAAGCUGAGGUCCAAAGAAGGACCAGAGAACUCAAGAACAUCUGGUGGACAAAGAAGGCUGAAGAAAUCCAACACCUUGCAGAUACCCAUGACGCUCAGGGAUUUUUCAAAGCCACAAAGAUAAUCUACAGACCAAGAAACCAUGGCAUACAGCCUCUACGCUCAUCAGAUGGAACCAAAAUUCUGAAGGACAAAACAUCAAUUGCACUACGUUGGAAAGAGCACUACCAGAACCUGCUGAAUCGCAGCUCCACUGUGGCCGAAGAGACCCUCUCACAAAUCCCGCAACAACAAACCAGGGAUGAGCUUGCAGCACUGCCUAGUUUGGAAGAAGUCAGCAAUGCCAUCAGCCAACAAAAAAACAACAAAGCCAGCGGACCUGAUGGGAUUCCUGCUGAAGUCUUCAAAGAGGGUGGACCUGAGCUGAUACAACAACUCCACCAGCUCAUUGAAAAGGUGUGGAUGACCGAGAAAAUCCCAGCUGACUUCAAGGAUGCCACCAUCAUCACCCUUUUCAAGAAAGGGGACAGAACAGACUGCGGGAACUAUCGUGGUAUCUCCCUUCUAACCUCCACCAGGAAAAUCCUCGCAAGAAUCCUUGCAAACCGCCUUCUCCCUGUUUCAGAAGACACCCUCCCAGAAUCCCAGAAUGGCUUCCGUCCCUCCAGAGGAACAGUGGACAUGAUCUUCACUGCUCGACAGCUCCAAGAAAAAUGCAGGGAACAAAACCAACCUCUGUACAUGGCAUUCAUUGACCUUGCAAAGGCAUUCGACACAGUGAAUCGCAGCGCUCUCUGGACCAUUCUCCAAAAAAUCGGGUGCCCUGACAAAUUUGUGAACAUCCUGCGGCUCCUCCAUGAUGACAUGAUGGCAACAGUCUUGGACAGCAACGGCUCCCAAAGUGACCCAUUUAAGGUGGAAUCAGGUGUCAAGUAGGGAUGUGUUAUUGCCCCUAUCUUAUUUUCCAUCUUCAUCGCUAUGAUACUUCACCUUGUUGAUGGGAAGCUUCCCACCGGAGUGGAAAUCAUCUGUCGGACAGAUGGCAAGCUAUUUAACCUCAGCAGACUGAAAGCCAAAACCAAGGUCACCACAACAUCUGUUAUAGAACUCCAAUAUGCUAAUGACAACGUAGUUUGUGCGCAUUCAGAAGAAGACCUACAAGCCACUCUAAACACCUUUGCAGAAGCAUACGAGAAGCUCGGCCUCUCAUUGAACAUCGAGAAAACCAAAGUGCUCUUCCAACAGGCACCAGCUAAUCCCUCUGCAAAGCCAGGAAUACAGCUUAACGGUGUAACAUUAGAAAACGUUGACCAUUUCCGCUACCUUGGCAGCCACCUCUCCACAAAAGUCAACAUCGACACUGAAAUACAACACCGCCUGAGCUCUGCGAGUGCAGCAUUUUUCUGUAUGAAGCAGAGAGUGUUUGAUGACCGGGACAUCCAUAGAGAUACCAAGGUGCUUGUUUAUAAAGCCGUUGUCCUCCCAACCCUGCUCUACGCCUGCGAAACGUGGACUGUGUACAGACGUCACACCAAACUCCUGGAGCAUUUCCAUCAGCGUUGCCUCAGGAAAAUCCUGCAAAUCUCUUGGGAAGACAGGCGGACAAAUGUCAGCGUGCUGGAAGAAGCAAAGGCUACCAGCAUUGAAGCGAUGCUCCUACGCCAUCAACUCCGCUGGACUGGCCACGUUGUCCGAAUGCCCGAUCACCGUCUCCCAAAGCAGCUCCUCUACUCCGAACUCAAGAAUGGGAAACGUAAUGUUGGUGGGCAGGAAAAGAGAUUUAAAGAUGGGCUCAAAGCCAACCUUAAAAACUGUGGCAUAGACAUUGAGAACUGGGAAGCCCUGGCCCUUGAGCGCGCUAAUUGGAGGUCAGCUGUGACCAGCAGUGUUGCGGAGUUCGAAGAGGCACGAAUGGAGGGCCUAAGGAUGAAACGUGCCAAGAGGAAGGAGCGUCAAGCUAACACCGACCGGGACCGCCUUCCACCUGGAAACCGAUGUCCUCACUGCGGGAGAAUAUGCGGGUCAAGAAUCGGUCUCUUCAGCCACCUAAGAACCCACCCCCAAGAUGGAAGACAAUAGUCCUCGAGCUACGAGGGAUCGCCUAAGUAAGUAAGUAAGUAAGUAGAAAAAGGAUCGUUGGAUCUCACUACCAGCUUCUUUGACUGUGCAAAAGACAACAGCAAUAGCACCAUAAUGUUUGGUGUUGCUAUUUGUAUUAGCCAAGGAACUACAAAGCUUCUUUCCUGAUAUGAUCCAUCUUUUUGGGAGGAUUUCCUGUUUCUAAGACAGCAGUAGGUCAUUGCAUAAUAUUGUCAGCUUAUUGUAUAAUAUUGUUAAGCUAUUGGUGAUGUCUCCAUCAUUUGUCUCAAAAUUCAGGUCAUUUCCUCUGUCCACCCUUGUGCCACCCAUUUCUUCCUUUCUCUUUGCCUAAGGGAAGGUUGCUCACUUUGUCCAGCUACUGUUCUGGUAUUUCUUGACAUUUUGAAAAGUAGAAAAGGAAAUGUCUCUGAAUUUUAAUCUCUUCCCUGUCACAACAAUUACAGAAUUGUCCUUCACAUGUUUCCAUAGAACUGUGUGUUCGCUCCCCUCAUCUUCUCAUUUUGUUUCCCAGUUUGGCUCUCCAUGUCUAUCAGUGAUGAUAUGACUGUGUUCAAUGCAUCCUAUUGUCAAAAAGUAAUGCAUAUGGAAUGGGGUUUGCAUGUCUUGAAAAAUCCUCUAUCAUGAGCCUUUUUAAAGCUCUUCCCACAAUCAUGCUGUGCUCCCUAGAUAUUCACAUUCACUAUAGUUGCCUAAGCAUCAGAGGCAGAAGGAGCCACAUGUAAUCUGUGUCUGUUGUCCGUUUGUCCUUUGGCGAUCAGUGUGAGGCUUAUGUCCAACCAGAUAUGUUUAUGCGUAUACACAUACAUGUGUGUUUGUCAUUUCACAAUUGAAAUGAAAUUCAAGGUUAGUAUUGAUUUGUAAAGCAUGUGAAUUAUCCUUGAGAUUUGUUACACAAUCUCACCAUAUCUUCAUAUGUAUCCCUUUCACCCAGCCCCCCCCCCCCAUAUAUACAGUAAGGGUCAUAAUAAAGUCAUAAUAAUGGAUUUUACGUUUGGAAGGCAUUAAGCAGGGAUUAGGGUUCAUGAACUAGUAUGUGCCACAGUUGGUAUCAGCCUCACAUGUUGCUGGUUUCACAUUUAUUUACUUAUUUAUUUACUAUGUUUAUAUCCUACCUUUCUUAACCCCUUGGGGGGCUCAAGGUGGCUUACAAAUGGCACUACAUAGUGCCUACAGCAUAAAACAUGAGAAAGUUACAUUAAAAUUAAAAUAAGCAUACAUAAAACAUAUUUAAAUACAAUUAUCCAUACACAGUCAGAAUUAUUUGUAGGAACGAGCAUUAAAGACUUCUGUUUAUGAGUGUAUAGGUCUAUAGGGGUGCAGAAACCAGCUCAGUGAACCAUUACAAAUCCUUACCACGUCAGUUCUGUAUUUCAGUACUCCAAAAUGGUUGCAUUUGUUUCCACUCUCACCUGAUGAGUGUGUCUUGCAUUUCAGACACUUAGAGCAAGCUGACUGACCCUAUUCCCCAUCACUAUUCAGGUCAUAUGAAACCUGGAAGGCAUAUAUUUGCUCUAUAGAACAACUGUAUGGCUCACAACUAAACUGAAGAGUGAGGCACCUGGGAAAUUGGGUCCCAGGCAGCUUGCUAAUCCAGUGAAUGAGGUUAUCCUCCCCUCUGAAACUGUGGGGUCCUUUAACAUUUUCCACCAGUCAGAAAACUAUGGCUUCAUCACCCAACAGGGUGUUUCCCGUAGAGGAGAAUUUUAAAAACUCAGCAUGAUGAAAAGAGAGACUAAAUUACAAGUUUGGGAACUAUAAUGAGAAAUGAAGUGUGCAUGUGGAAAAGAUGAGGUAGAAAGAAGUAUUUUGUUAAAAUGCUGGGCGCAUGAAGAUUUCCUGGAGUUAUUACAUUUGUUUUCCUCCCUGGAAGCUCCCCGCCUGUUUUACGUCAGUGUAGCUACAUUGACAGGCAUUUCACACACCAGUUGGAGGCAGCAUCCAGAAAUGAGGAUGAAAUGUAUGUCAUUCCAUACAAUAUAGAAAAUUUCCAUAUAACAAAUCAGAUUAUUUCCCCAUCUUGCUCACCCUACUCUGCAGACAGGCAACUUAUCAGCAGAAGGUUUGGACUCCUUAUACAAAAUCCUUUCAGCCUGAGCUGCUGGGAAUUGAACUUGAUGUAGAACCUCUUCUUGGCCACUGUGCUAUCAUUCUGCUUCCCAGCCCAAAUUACCCAUUUGCUGUGAAGAGAGAGACAAUAGUUUCUGGUUCUGACAAUGAUAUGUUAGCACAAAACAUUGUAUUUGGUAUGGGAUCUCAGAAGCUUUCUUUCUUCAUCUCCUUCCUGGAAACACACUGUACUCUCCAGGAAGGUCCCCAAAUCUCAGGAGCUGGCCUCAGGUCAUUUCUGGCUUAUGGUGAUCCUUUGAUGAACGUAUCACAGGGUUUUCUUGGCAAGGUUGUUCAGAGGGGUUUCCCCUUGCCUUGCUAUUAAAAGCUAAAUCCACCAGUCACAGUAUAAUCUUGUCCCUGUACCUGUGAAAGUACAUCCCACAUGUGUUUAGUGGGAGCCUUUCCUGGGUCAGAUUUGAAGUGGCAACUAUUCCGGCCAAUGUUGGUUAGAACCAGCCUUCUACCCACAUGCUAAUUAAAAUUUGUGUGUGUCUGAGUGCGUCUGUCCCUGUCUCAACCUUUCAAGGUUUACUAUAAAAAGGCAGGUUGUGUUCCAGGUUCAAGGAUAUAUGGAAGGUGGAGAAUAAAGGCUAGAAGUGAGGUUAAUAAAUGUGCUGGAUUUGUUUUAUUUUUGCCUUUGUCUGAAUUGAAUGUUCUAGUCCUUUCUGAUGAUGGGAGUCCAAGUUGCUUUGACUGAGAUGACAACAGAAUACCGAUUAGCUGGGAGAAUUGCUCUAGUUCUGCUCUGCAGCUGAUAUUGGGAGAAAAUCCUCCCCAUGUAUGCUUAAUGCUUGUUUGCAGAACUGAUUAUACAGCGUCUCCCAACUGGGUUUGGCUUCUGUAGGACCAAAAUGGAAACCAGCCUUUGCCUUCAGGGGUUCUUAAUGGAGUUGCCAAACAAUUCAUACAGUAGUUUGAUCAAUGGGAUAUAUUAGUUCAGUGCUUUCUUUAUAGCAAAAAAAGCAGAGUUUUUUCUUUUUUUAAAUGGCAUUACUAGACUUCGAUAGCCAUUGUAACCAGAAUAUAAAACUUCCCUGUGUCUAGAAAUAAGAUCCAUUUAUAUUUCUUUGUUUGCAAAUAAGACUGCUGCCCCUGACCCGCACUUCAUGAGGAUUUAUAUAGAAAUAUCCAGAUUUUAGUUUUGUUCAGCAUAACCGACUCACAUAGGAACAUAGGAAAAAAGAGAGAGAAGAUACCAUUUUAUUGGAUUGUCUUAAGUGGAUGAUUGAAUAUUAAAUACUUCAAAUUGCACAU